AUUGUUUGUUUUUGGCGCUAAAUUUCAAGAUUGAUUGCUAAAAUUUCAGCAGAACAUAAGUGUGUAGCCUGCUGCAGUCAAGUUACAUUAAAUAUUUUUACUACAUGGACAGUUCAAGCAGUAGUACUGUCAGUAGAACGCAGGAAAUAUGGGCCGAAGAGGCGUUAAAAACCCUCCAAGCACAAAUGCAAAAACUACAAGGCGAGAUACGUUACUCAACUAAGUACAGUGACUCAACGUACGACUACAGACACAUUUUCUUACCUCCAAAGUUGGCACGAAUGAUUCCCAAUCAUCAUUUAUUGACUGAAAGCGAAUGGAGAAACCUUGGUAUUCAGCAGUCGCUUGGUUGGGAACAUUAUAUGAAACAUAACCCAGAACCACAUAUAUUGCUGUUUAGAAGACCAAACUACGAAAUGGACACAUCGUGAACUGGUUACCGAAAUUGCAACUAAUUAAUCGCUAUUUUAUAUUUGCGUCUUAUGUUUUAAUUGUGUUUCGUGUAUAUUUUUGUUUUAAUUCGUACGUUAGAACUUUCCAGAAUCGCACAGUUAAAAUGAAUACGAAAUUAUGUUACAUAACUUAUGUUACAUAAAAGCAGUUUAUCAAAUAAAGAUUAUAUACGGGUGAA